CAAUGCAAAAGGAAAUAUGCAGCGAAGCCUCACCAUUCUCUACACCAGUUUACUGGGGGUGUGCUUGGGAUCGAGCUCAAGUUUCCCAAGUAACAUCAAUAUAGGAGGCUUGUUCCCAACCGAAUCGCACGAAUAUGAGGUGUUUCGUUUCGCCCUCUCGCACCACCAGGACAUCCCCAAACUGGUGCCGCAGGUGGAUAUGGUCAAGAUGGGGAAUAGCUUCUCCAUGACAUAUGCCUUUUGCUCCCAGUUCUCCAAAGGCGUGUACGCCAUCAUCGGCCUGUACGACAGGAAGACGGUCAACAUGCUCAUGUCCUUCUGCGGCGCGCUGCACGUCUGCUUCGUCACGCCGUCCUUCCCCAUCGAGACGGCCAACCAGUUCGUCAUCCAGCUGAGGCCCGAGGUCCAGUACGCUCUGGUGGGAGUGAUCGACCACUACGGAUGGACCAAGUUUGUCUACAUGUACAGCUCUGACUCAGGCCUGUCGGUGCUGCAGAAGGUUCUGGACACAGCAGCGGAGAAGAACUGGCAGGUGACGUCGGUCAAUGUGGAGACCAUGACGGAGGCCUCCUUCUUGAAAGUGUUCCAGGAUUUGGACAAGAGGAAGGAGGGCCAGAUUAUCAUCGAUUGUGAGACCGAGAGGCUCACUGGCAUCCUCAGAAAGAUUGUUGAACAAGGCAAGAAUGCAAAGAGCUACCACUACAUCCUGGCUAACCUGGGCUUCCUGGACAUUGACCUGACAGACCUGAGGAAGGGUGGCGCGAACAUCACCGGCUUCCAGCUCGUCAACAACUCUGAGCCCAGCGUCAGCCGCGUCGUCCACCAGUGGAUGGAGUUUGACAACAAAGACUCCAAAGUGCCCAAGAGUGGACUCAAAUACACUGGCGCUCUCACAUAUGACGGGGUGAAAGUCAUGUUCACGGCCUUUCAGAACUUAAGGAAGCAGAGGAUAGACAUCUCUCGCAGGGGCAACGCUGGAGAGUGUCUUGCCAACCCACCAGCCCCCUGGGGGCAGGGCAUAGACAUCCAGAGAGCCCUGCAGCAGGUCCGUAUAGAUGGACUGACGGGUCACAUCCAGUUCAACGAGAAAGGUCGCAGAACCAACUACACUGUCAGCGUCAUGGAACUGGCCCCCUCUGGACCAAAGAAGGUUGGCUACUGGAACGAAGAUGAGAAGUACGUGACGACUGCCAGCUUGGUGAGAGGCAGCAACGAGACGUACGGCCUGCAGAACAGAACUUACAUCGUCACCACGAUCUUGGAGUCUCCAUAUGUGAUGCUGAAGAAGAACCACGAGCAACUUGUGGGAAAUGACAAGUACGAGGGCUACAUCGUCGAGCUGGCUGCAGAGAUAGCCAAACAUGUGAGCUACCAGUACAAGCUGAAGGUUGUUUCAGACGGCAAAUAUGGAGCAAGCGAUCCGGAGACCAAGAUGUGGAACGGCAUGGUGGGAGAACUGGUGUAUGGGAAAGCUGAUGUGGCUGUGGCUCCUCUGACCAUCACCCUAGUUCGUGAAGAAGUGAUCGACUUCUCGAAGCCCUUCAUGUCCCUGGGUAUCUCCAUCAUGAUCAAGAAACCCACAAAAUCCAAACCGGGCGUGUUCUCCUUCCUGGACCCGCUGGCUUACGAGAUCUGGAUGUGCAUUGUGUUCGCCUACAUCGGUGUCAGCGUCGUGCUGUUCCUCGUCAGCCGCUUCAGCCCGUAUGAGUGGCACGCCGAGGACUACGAGGAGGGGGGUGAGCCGCAGUCUCCCACCCAAGCCUCGGCCUCCAAUGGGGUGCAACAGGGCCAGGCGCCGACGCAACAGAACAUCAACCAGCAGAGUGCUGAGCAGACCAAUGAGUUUGGCAUUUUCAACUCCCUUUGGUUCUCACUGGGGGCCUUCAUGCAGCAGGGCUGCGAUAUCUCACCACGCUCCCUGUCCGGCCGCAUCGUUGGAGGCGUCUGGUGGUUCUUCACCCUCAUCAUCAUCUCAUCCUACACUGCCAACUUGGCUGCCUUCCUGACCGUCGAGAGGAUGGUGUCUCCUAUAGAGAGCGCUGAGGACUUGGCCAAGCAGACGGAGAUCGCCUAUGGAACCCUGGAUGCCGGCUCCACCAAAGAAUUCUUCAGGAGGUCGAAGAUCGCCGUGUUUGAGAAGAUGUGGUCCUACAUGAAGGCGGCCGACCCGUCCGUGUUCGUCAAGACCACGGACGAGGGCAUGAUGAGAGUCAGGAAGUCCAAGGGCAAGUAUGCCUACCUGUUGGAGUCCACAAUGAACGAGUACAUAGAGCAGAGGAAACCGUGCGAUACUAUGAAGGUGGGAGGAAACCUGGACUCUAAAGGUUAUGGCAUCGCCACGCCCAAGGGCUCCCCUCUCAGAAACCCAGUAAACCUGGCAGUGUUAAAACUGAACGAGCAGGGCCUCUUGGACAAAUUGAAAAACAAGUGGUGGUACGACAAGGGAGAGUGCGGCAGCGGGGGCGGGGACUCCAAGGACAAGACGAGCGCUCUGAGCCUCAGCAAUGUGGCGGGAGUCUUCUACAUCCUGAUCGGCGGCCUGGGCCUGGCCAUGCUGGUGGCGCUGGUGGAGUUCUGCUACAAGUCCAGGACCGAGUCGCGCCGAAUGAAGCAAUCCAUCAACGACGCCAUGCGCUGCUCCACCCUGACCAGGAUGAGUGGCAACGGGAGCGGCGGAGAGAACGGGCGAAUCCUCACCCACGACUUCCCCAAGUCCGUUCAGACGCUGCCCUGCAUGAGCCACACCGCCAGCAUGGGACUGGGUGCCUCCGGCAUGUGA